CAGCCUGCACUGGCAGCAUGGUCACGUGGUCUCCCAUGGCAACCAGAGAGUGUCAUCAGUUCCGCUCUGGGAGCAGCGCAGCCUCCGUCCGGCUGAAUAUCUGCCGCACUUUAAAACAACUCUGCCGCUUAUGUUUCAACCUUACAUUGACUUUCUUCAGAGAAGACCGAGUCCACGACACUUCUUCUUACCCUUCUUAACACUGUGAAGGGAUUUUUUUAUUUUUUAUUUUAAAGAGAGUCCGAGCUGUAAAACCAUGAGUCACCUCAGCCCAGGACUCAUUUCAGCCUACAACAGUCUCACAGACAAACACCUCGCUGGAUACUUCAGCAACACCCGGAUCAGGAGACACCUGCAGAGAGCAGGACUGAUCACCAGGAGUGGGCGUAUUGUUCCAGACAAAGAGUACAGACACAAGCUGAUCCAGAGAGCCCACCAGAGACACGUUCGAGAAUGCCUGGCCCAGGCCAUUUUCCACAAGGUGCUGGAGAUGGAGCGAGUCCAUCAAAUAGAGAUCAAAAGGAGACUGGAGGAGUUUGCAAGGAGGGAAAGAGUGCAUAAGAUCAAGGUGGAGCGCUCUAAAAGGUAUGAAGAAGACAUCAUCCGUAUCCUGUCUCCACGCCCACCAACGGGUGCCAGGGGUCUCCGAAAACAGCACUCGGGGCCAGAGGGGGAGCACUCUGAAUCCUCCGAGUCUCCGGGGUCGUCUCGACCCAACACAGCUCCAGGAAAGAUGCAGAGGCCGGUGCGCCUGAAGCCGAUCCACAGUAACAGCACGACGGCUUCACUAAGACGCAGCUCCCCUUACAGACUCCUCGAUUCCUCCAAUGGAAACGACCAACCAUUUAACUGCACUAUGGACAAGGAGUCCCGCAGACGUUUGACCACAAUGGAGGCCUGCCAUGGCAUCUCACCCUACUGCCUCCCAGUCAUCAACAACUUUGUCACACCUGUGCCUCCAGCCACGAAGAGGAAAGAGAGGGGCGUGAAGGUCACUCCCAGCGGCACGCUCAGAGGCCGCAGACUACGUCCUACCACUGCCUCCAGUGGUGCUGACGUCAAUGAGGACACCCCAAUGCUGAGGAGCUCUGUGCACCAGAGCAGAGUGUCUGUGAACAUGAUGUACUUUGGUAAAUCGGUGCAUCUCUCCCACGACCUGAGCGACAUGAGAGAUGAGGUCAAAGUGUUUCAGCAACACUGUGGAGGAGAGAACCUGUGUGUCUACAAGGGCUUGCUCCGCGAGGGAGAGACCUUCCAGUUCAUUUCAAGGCGACACAGAGGUUUCCCCUUCAGCUUGACCUUCUUCCUGAACGGGCUGCAGGUGGAGCGGCUGAGCUCCUGCUGUGAGUUUAAACACAGGAAGGGCUCAAGACUCGGCGGCAGGCACGGACACUUUGGCUUCUCCGGCGUAGAGGCGGCUUCUCCCUGCUACAAAUGCAUCAUAGCAAUGGGACUGGACAAAAAACCCACUCCUCCACCAAAAAGGGUCAAAGAGGAUGGAGGAAGAGAGGAAUCACUUAUCAGCCCAAAGGAUGCUCCUGAGAUUAGAUUAGAUAAAACAGAGAGGACCGCAGCAGAUGCUGCAAACCAUUCAGAGCGUGAAACCAGCCAACCACAGGCCAUGGAUACUGAAGUCAAAGAAGAAACAGCAGCCGAGGAGGACAUCAGGAAGGAGGAAGUCAGAGACGAUUAUGAGGAAGACUUUGAAGCAGACGAUGAGGGCCCUGCAGAAGAUGUCGAGACAAAAGAAAAACAAUCCCCGUCGCCAUCUGGUGAAAAUCAAAGGAAGGUUAAAGAGAGAGACGCCUCCGAGUCUGAGGACGACGAGAAGGACGACAUAAAGUCUCGUUCAGGCUCCAGCUUCACAGGCAGCGACCGAGAGGAGAGUGAUGGCGAAGCCCCUGAAGACUCCAAAGAGGAAAAGAUAGCAGAGCAACCUAAAGAGAAUGGUCAAGAGAAAACCGCUGUUCCACCAGACGAGAAAGACGAACCAAAUCCAGAAGAAUCUGCAGCCACUGAGGACGAGUCUGCGCUGCCUAAAGACUCAGACGUACAGAACAGUGCGGAAGACAGCACAGAGAUAGACAUCUCUGACACCAGCGUCCCCUCGGGGACUGAGAAUAGACAGAGUGAUGACACCUCAGGAGACAAAGAGGUUGAGAAAACUGUAGAUGAAAGCAAACAGGAGGAGGAACAGGAGAGGGCCAAAUCUGUGCAGGAGAAGCUGGCAGAGGCCAUACUGAACGAGCCCCAGUGCAGCUCUGAGCCCGAAUUGAGCGACACCAGCACCGAAGAAGAGGAGGAGUCCACAGAAAGAGGCAGUGAACAAGAGAACAAGGAUGCAGUUCUGGAGAGAUCUGUGCCAUUUACAGAACAGCAACAGACCCUCGUAGAAAGGUCUGGUGAAGCUGAAGGGGUGGUACAUCAGGAAGAGACGUCUGAUCCAAAAGAACAAGAGGGCGAAACUGAUGGUACCGAAGAUGAAAAGGUCAAAAUAGAUGAGGAAGGUGAAAAUGUUGCGUCAGAAGAAAACACAGCAGUGAAUGAUAAAUCGGAAGAUACAGGUAAGCAUCCUGUAUCCGAAGAGGAAAUCGCUGAGGAUGACAAGACUUCAGAACCUCAAGAAGAUGCAGCAGCUAAAUCUAAUGACGCUGCAGAGAAAGACGAGGAAAACAAGGAGAAAACUGCAGAGGAGGCUGACACACAGCCCGACGAGACGGGGCAAGGGGCAAAAAGCAGCGAGGAGGAUGAGUCAUCGGUGUCAGAGCCGAAUAAAAAGACUGAUGAGACAGCAGUGCCUGAUAAUGCAGAGGCGGAGGCGAUGACAGCAAGCGAGACAAUGGAGAUGAAAGCAGAGCCCUCAGAGGAGCGAGAGGCCCUCAACUGUGAAGAGGCACCUGUAGCCGACACAGAGGAGAGGCAGGAGGGAGACAGCGAAGACAGAGCUGCAGAAUCAGAAAGGGAGAGCGGAGACACCACGGUUGAAAAAACAGCAGAAACAAGUGAGGACAUAGCAAAAGACGAGAGCAGUAAAGAUGAGAUUAAAGUAGAGGGAGCAGAGGAGGUGUCAGAGGUAGAGGCUAGGGAGGAUGACAGUCAACAAGAAAGGUCUGAUCUGGAAGAGGAGCAGACAGAAAAGUCUGUAGAAGUAGAUGAUAAGGUAGAGGAGAAAUCGGAAGAGGAAGAAAAGCAAAUAGAUCCAGAUGAGAAAACAGAAGGUGACAAUAGUGAGGAAAGCCAAGUGGAUGAUCAAGAUAAGACAGAAGGAGAUGAGAAAGAUGAGAGUAAGACAGAGGAAAGGGUCGAAAACGAGGAAAACAUUUCAGAGUUGGCUAAAAGCGACACAAACACUGAAGAAAAGGCAAAUGAACAAGCUGUGGAAGCCCACAGUGAAGAAGAUAAAGCUGCAGAGAAGGCAGGCGAAUCAGAUAAAACAGAGAAAAAUGAAGACAGUGAAUGUGUCAAGGAUAAUAAUGACGAGAGAGAAUCUGAAGAAAAGGGAGCUGCAACUGAUAAAACUAAUGAGGGUGAAAUGAUGAGCGAGACAAACACAGCUGCUGAUGAGGAAAAAGAUGAUGAGGCAGAAAAAGAGGAGAAAGAUCAGGAUGAGAACAAAGCGGAGCAAAGUGAAGCUGCGAUGAAUAAAGAUGAUGAAGAAUCAGAAGAGAAAAAAGUUGAUGAGACGGUAGAGGAAGAAGAAAUACCUGAGAUUGCAGAAGAACCUGAGAAAAGUGCAGAUUCAGACUUAGGUAAAGAUGACGUGAAAAUAUCUGAUGAAAAUAUUGUUGAGUCAGAGGGUGUCAAUGACAGUAAAGCAGAAAAUGUAGCACAUGAGGAGGAGGAGACGCUAAACAAUACUGAAGAUGCAAAUGUAGCACAUGAGACUAUAACAGCUGAGGAGAUGCCAAACAAUGCAACAGAGGCUGAAGAUGUAAAGAACGGAACCGAAAGAGGAAGCAACAACAGUCAAAGUGGAGAAAUUAAUGCUGAAAAUGGAGAGAUUAUUACAGGAGCAGAGAAUAAAACUCACACGGAUGAGGAAGAGGCUCAAACUGAAGGCAAAGAAGACGUGAAAACAGCAGAACAUACAGAAGAUGAGAUGAAAACUGAAGAACUUACAAGAGAUGAGAACAAAGAGGGAGAAGAAGUAACUGUGGAGUCUAAAGAUGGCACUGAAAAACAUGAAGAGGACCAGGCUGAUCAGGACCAGGCUGAUCAGGACCAGGCUGAUCAGGACAAAGUCGAUCAGGACAAGGCGGAUCAGGACAAAGUCGAUCAGGACAAAGCUGAUGAGGACACGGCUGAUCAGGACAAGGCGGAUCAGGACAAUGCUGAUCAGGACAAGGUUGAUCAGGACAAGGCUGAUCAGGACAAAGCUGAUCAGGACAUGGCUGAUCAGGACAAGGCGGAUCAGGACAAUGCUGAUCAGGACAAGGCUGAUCAGGACAAAGUCGAUCAGGACAAGGCUGAUCAGGACAAAGUCAAUCAGGACGAGGCUGAUGAGGACACGGCUGAUCAGGACAAGGCUGAUCAGGACAAAGCUGAUCAGGACAAGGCUGAUCAGGAGACAGCUGAUCAGGACAAGGCUGAUCAGGACAAAGCUGAUCAGGACAAGGCUGAUCAGGACAAAACUGAUCAGGACAAGGCUGAUCAGGACAAAGUCGAUCAGGACAAGGCGGAUCAGGACAAUGCUGAUCAGGACAAAGUCAAUCAGGACAAGGCUGAUCAGGACAAGGCUGAUCAGGACACGGCUGAUCAGGACAAAGCUGAUCAGGAGGACACAGCUGAUCAGGACACGGCUGGUCAGGACAAGGCUGAUGAGGACACGGCUGAUCAGGACAAGGCUGAUCAGGACAAUGCUGAUCAGGACAAGGCUGAUCAGGACACAGCUGAUCAGGACAAGGUUAAUCAGGCGAAGGUUGAUCAGGCUCCUGAUGACAGUGUGGUAGAAAGUGAGUCUAAAGAAGGAGAUGAUAUUGUAGAAAAGAAAGAUGAAUCUAUUAAAAACAACUCUGAGCCAGAGACAUCCGGUGUAGAAAUAAAAGAAGAAUCAAAAUCAGAUGACAGAAAGGACGGUGAGGAAACAAAACAAGAUGUAAAUGGCAACAUAUCUGAACCUGAUCAUGAAAACAGAGAUACAGAUUUGACCAGCAAGAACAAUAUAGUCCAGAGUAAUGUCACUGAGAUCAUAGUUGCUUCUUCAGGUGAGCAAGCACAAUCAUCAAUACCCAGAGCUCUGGAUUUAGAUGAUACGGCUCAUGAGUUAGAUGAGUCCAACAAACCCUCUGACUCGGACCCUGACAAACAACGACAUGCUGAUAUAAAAGCUACCGCAGUCGACUUCUCUGCUGCCGACGGAGAAAAUGGAGACACAGAGGAGGCCAGCAAGGCCUCAGAAGAAGGAGCAAGUGUGUUGCUCAAACCUCAGGCACAGUCAACACCGCUUACCCAAAACAUCGAGAAGGAAUACACAGAGGAGAGCAUUGUAGUUAGUGAAGAAACCCCAGACGCCUUAGCGAGAGAAAACAGCGAAGAUCUGGUCACAAACUGGGUGACCCUGCAUCAAACAUCCAGGUUUUUUGAGACGUUUGCCGAACCUUUAGAGGACUUAAAGGAAUCAGACACUCCAGUGUGUGACUCCAAUAAAGAAGCGACACAGUCAUCAGAGCUGCCAAGAUCAGGGAGUCCACUGAAAGUGGUGAAGGUGUCUGAAAAUACAGAACAAGAGCAAACACCAAAAGAUGUAAAUGAGUCGAGUAACAGAACCAAAGAGGAACUUGUGAAGUCGGAGCUUGAGAGCAAUCACUCGGGAGUUGGUGAGGAAGUCAGAGAAACACUGCAGGAGACUGAGGUGAAAGACUUCAUGCCAGAAGCUGAGAAUGAACAAGCAUCUGUGAAAGGACAAGAUGCAAGUUUAGAAGAGCACAAAGAAAGAAGAGGAUCUCUGGAAGAAGACAAAGUUAAGGAUAACACUGAGCAAAUUGAUGUUUCGAAAACAGAGGUGGAAAGCAUUGCAGGUACUCAUCACUCGGUAACUAGUGGCAGACCUGAGAGCAUCUCUGAGAACCAAACGAAAGAGAAAACUAUUGGUCAAGACUUGAGUGGAAAACAAGCGGUUGAAGAGAUAAAAGAUGUUCUCCCUUUAUCUGAAACAGAAGAGCACGGUGAGCAAUCAACGAAUCAAGAAGGGCUCUCUGAAGUGAAGGCCAAAGAAGCGAAAGAUACAGAUGAAACAUGGGAGAAAAGUCGAGAAGUUACAGAAAUAACUGAUUUCACAGCAUCCAGGUCAGAUGAUGGAAGCCAGGAAGAGUCCCAACAUAAAGAGACUCAGCCCAAACCAUCAGACGAGAGCAUUGGCGGAGACAGUAGAGACGUACGGCUGAUCCAAGACAUCCAGCACACACCUAGUAAAGAGCGCCUGAGUACUUUCUCAGUGGAUGAAACAUUGUUUGGUCAAAGUUCACAUCCUUUGCUGACUGCUGCGAGGACAGAGAGUGGACAUUAGAGCUACAUAUUUCAGAAAGACACCAAGGUACGACAAUGCUAUUUUUUAAUUUUUCCAAGAAAAGAAGCAGAAAAUAAAUGUAAAGGUGAAUAUAUGGAAAAAAUACAAGCUUGCAGACAUUCAAGAGAAAAUGCUUCAGCGCUGCGAUUAGACAAUCAGAUGGCUACAAUAUUUGUAGUGAUCAGGAACUGUAAUGCUAUUUUAGUUUUGACAGAGGCCCUCAAGUGUCCUGUGGUUUCUAUGUUUACAUUACAAUGACUUCUUAGAUAGUGUUCAUACUUCAGUCACCAAAAAGAAGAAGCUACAUAAUGAGUUUUGACUGCUGUAUACAAUGUUUACAAUAGACCAUCUCUUCCUAUUGUUGGUAACAAAGAGGCAUAGUUUGUGUGAGGUAUCAAGUACAGCAGCUAUCACCUAUUACCUGUAAACAGAUACUAUUCCACUCAUGCUCACAAGUGAGUGAAUAAUUCAUAGUUGUUGGUCUCCCACAGCUUAGCACACUUUACAUUUCCACUGACCGAAGUUUACUUCAGCUGUGAGCACAUCUGUGUUGAUGACACUUUUAGUCUUUUAGUGCUUGAACAUGAUUCAUUUGUUAAGAAGACUUCAAGACAAAAAUACACCAGGAAUAGUAUCAUAAGCUAACAAGGAUGAUUAAUUCAUUAUUAGGCUGCUAAUUAGUUGAAAUAAACAGUGGUAACAUUGUGAAAUCUCAAAUGUAAGCACUGAUUUGUGUCAUUAUUGCUACUAACACUACCUCUUAAAAAAACACACUUAAUAUUCAUUUGUACUGGCUUUACAUCUGAUUUUUAUGGCUAGUGUGGGUUUGUAAGGCUUUAUCUAUUAAUUUGAUAUCUGUCAAUGACUAAACCCUGGUGUGAUUUGGCCACUCAAACAAUAAAAGCAGUGAGGUGGAUAGUGACUUCCUGUUUGUUUUGUUUUGUUUCCAAUGAACAUUGACGCGCACAUUGGCUGGGAUUCUCAAAGCUUUUAUUUCAGAUUUAU